AUGACUUCACAAAGCGAGUAUCAGAGUUUUAGCCCAGCAACUGGGAAGCAUCUGAUGACGUUUUCCGAGACAACAGACGAGGAAAUACGUUCUGCUCUCUCAGUGGCGCAUAAUUGCUUUACCAAUCAUUGGCGCUCAACUGCAGUUACUGAGCGAGCUAGAUUGAUGCAUGAACUUGCGCAGCUCAUAACACUGGAGGUUGGAAAGCUCAUUGCUGAAUCCCGAUUUGAGGUCAAAUUUUGCAUCCACACGUUCGAAUAUUUUGCUGUCAAUGCAGAAAGAUUCUUGCAGCCCACAACAGUCACCUCCAACCCGGGCUGUGAGGUAUGGACUGAGCCGCUAGGAGUCAUCCUUGCCAUUGAACCUUGGAACUUUCCUCUACUCCAAUUAGCUCGAGUUGCCGCGCCACAUAUAAUGGCCGGGAAUGUUUUGAUCGCAUUAUUCCGCGACGCUGGCGUCCCAGAUGGAGUGUACACAAACGUUUUUGCCACUGUCCCUCAACUUCAUAACUUGGUAGAGGAUUUUCGCAUUCGAGGCAUCACUUUGACAGGGAGUGAGCGAGCCGGCGCUGCGGUCGCGGAGAAUGCCGGCCGUCAUCUAAAAAAGAUUGUUCUAGAGUUGGGGGGAUCAGACCCAUUGAUCAUCCUCCCUGAUGCUCCCAUUGCUGAUGCGAUCAAACAAGCUGUAGCUGGUCGUAUGUUCAAUACUGGCCAGGGAUGUGCAGCAUCAAAGCGAAUAAUUGUUAUUGGGAAAGAUCGCGAACAGGAGGUUCUCAACGGUAUGAAGGACGCCCUGGCAGAUUUGAAGCCGGGUGAUCCUUUGAAUCCAAAGACUAACCUGGGUGCUAUCUUCUCCGAACGUGGACUUCUUGGGUUGUUGUCCCAAAUUGAAUCGGCUAAGGCAGCUGGGGCUAAUGUCAUUCUCGGCGGGAAACGCAGCGAGCAUCCAGGAUUUUACCUCGAGCCAACGAUUCUUACAAACAUCGCCCCUGAAAACCCUAUUGCACAACAGGAGACCUUUGGUCCAAUUGCUGCUAUAUAUGGCAUUGAUACAGAAGAACAAGCCAUUAAACUGGCCAAUAGCACAGAUUAUGGCCUGGGUGCGAGCAUCAUUGGAGCUGACCCUCUCCACGCGAAGAAGGUAGCAGCACAGAUUGAGGCGGGUAUGGUCUUUAUUGAUAGUCCUGCGUACUCAAGUCCAGACUUGCCAUUUGGAGGCAUUAAAAACUCUGGUUUUGGAAAGGAGCUGUCAGAUAUUGGUUUCGGUGAGUUUACGAAUAAGAAGCUAGUUAGAGUAAGUUACACAUAA